CCAGAAACCGUGCCGCCGCGGUCGCUAGCUCUAAGUUUUGUUUAAACAUGGCCAAAUUCGUGAUUGCGGGUAGAGCAGAUUGUCCAUAUUAUGCAAAAACAGAACUUCUGGCAGACUAUUUACAGAAGAAUCUUCCUGAUUUUCAGAUAUAUAAAAUUACACAACAUCCUGAUGUUUGGGAGGAAUGGCUGAAAGAUGUGUGUGAAAAGAAUAAGUGGAAUCACAAAAAGUCUCCCAUUAUCUGGAGAGAGCUGCUGGAUCGUGGAGGAAAGGGUUUGCUUUUGGGAGGAUAUAAUGAGUUCCUGGAGCAUGCUCAGCUUUACUAUGAUGUCACCUCUAACAUGAUGACUGAGCUAAUGAUGGUAAUUGCUCACGAGAACCUGGAGGCACAUAUAGAAAAAGAGCUGGAGAAGGAAACCCAGAAAGAUCUCAUCAGCCCCUUGCAGGUCUGGAUCACCAGUGCAACCUCUCCUGCCUGCUACAACCUCCUUCCCAUACUGACGAGUGGUGAAGUGUUUGGGAUGCAGACGGAAAUUAGCCUAACUCUGUUUGACAAGGAGCAGUCGGAAGAACUACUCAAAAGCCUGGUGAUGGAGACGCAGGACCUGGCGUCUCCUGUCCUCCGCAGMGUCUCCAGCUGUACUACGGAGAAAUACGCCUUCCACCAGGCCCAUGUGGUCAUCAUCCUUGACGACAGCACCGAGGAGGAGGUSUACGGUCUAGAAGAGUGCCUGAGAAGCAAGGUGCCACUGUGUCGUCUCUACGGAAACCUGAUUGAGAAAAAUGCUCACGAAUCUGUCAGGGUUAUUGUGGGAGGAAAAACCUUUGUAAAUCUUAAAACGGUCUUGCUUAUGAUGAACGCCCCAAGCAUCGCCCACAACAUUAUCGCGGUGGCUCUGGGGGUGGAAGGACAAGCCAAAGCGGCAAUAGCCAGAAAAUUGAAAACAACUGCUUCAUGCAUCAAAGAUGUGAUAAUUUGGGGUAAUAUUAGUGGAAAUAACUAUGUUGAUCUGAGGAAAACACGGGUUUACAAAUACGACAGUGCCAUUUGGGGACCUCCUGAAUUUUCUCGCCCUGUUUUAGAUGUGAUUUUUGAUAGUGAGUGGGUAAAAAGAGAAUUUGUGAUGACCAUUAAAAGUUUGACCUCCACGGGAAAACAAUUUGGACGCAUUUUAGCUUCACACAGUAUAGCCACUACGUUGAAAUAUUGGUACCAUGGCUCACCACCUGGGGAGAUUGUGUCUUUAGGAGUACUGAGUGAAGGCCAGUUUGGUAUUCCCRAAGGGAUUGUCUUUUCUAUGCCUGUGAAAUUUGAGAAUGGAACAUGGGUGGUUCUUACAGAUCUCCCAGAUGUUGAAAUAAGUCAACAAAUAAUGACCAGAAUGACCAGUGAUCUAAUUCAGGAGAAACUUGUUGCACUUGGAGACAUGCUGACUUUUCAGCCAUAUCAUUCAGAAACUGAAUUAUCCCUAAGAGAUAGAAGGCUCUCCUUAGCCAGCACAGAUGACAAACAGGAAGAACAAAGUGACCAUCAAGAUAGCAUAUUUUCUGAUCAAGCCCCAGAUGACGAAAAAGAUGCAGUGCUGUCAGACGCUGAAAUAGCCAAUAUGGCUAGACAGGAUCGUUCUCGGAAAGUGGGUCAGAGGAACAGACUGAGAAAGCCAAGUUAG